AUGGUUGACUUCGAAAUGAAAUACAACAUGUAUUUUUCAUUGUCCAUUUCAAUGAGGAUAUUCAUUUAUAUUUUAUUUUUGUUUGAUGGACUUAUAUCUCAAAGAACUUCUUCCUUACCUAAAUCUCCAUCCCUUUUUGUUGAUCAAUCUGGUCCAUGUACGCCUGAAGAAGAAGCAAAGAAAUCACAAUGUCUACGAGAAUUACCAGCUGAACGAUACGAAGUACUUGAAGGUGAAACAGUUUUAAUGCGGUGUCGUGUAGCUAAUCAAAGGGGGAAAGCACAGUGGCGUGCCAGAAACUUUUUAUUAGGUUACAAAAGAAAUAUUCCAGAUUGGCCAAGAUAUUCGUUACAAGGCGAUUCAGGUCAAGGUGUACAUGAUUUACUAAUUCAAAAUGUUAGUCGUGAAGAUGCUGGAGUAUAUGAAUGUCAAGUUUCACCUGUUGCUGGACAAAAUCCACUUCGACGUCAAACCCUAUUAGUUAUAUUAGUAAAACCGAAAAUACCCAAUAUUGUGACUUUACCGGGUGUACCACAACCAUCAGCCAAUGGACAAUUGAUUGUAGCUUUUGAUUCCAAUAAAACGAAUCCCAUGAAUAACAAUCCAUUAAAAUUAAUUUGUCAAGCGAAAGGCGGUUAUCCUACACCGAAGUUUGAAUGGUUUCAUAAUGGAAACCUUAUUUCAGCAUCGGGAGAUUUAGAUGAAUUACAGAAUGUCAAUGAAGAAAUACAUUCACAAAAAAUAACUAAAGAUCAGUUUGAAUUGGAAAUUGAUAAAACAAAACUUUCAACUCGAGAUCGUAUUGUGUGCCUAGUCAGUAACAAAGCAACAAUGCGUUCAAAUCACCUAUAUGAACAAAAGCUUAGAGCUGAAGUGAUGAUUGUUAUCCACUCUUUACCAGGUGAUCCAGAAAUUAUUGACUGGGAUAAAUUCACAAAUGAAUCUACAAGCUUACUUGUUGGUUCAACAGUUGAAGUUACAUGUAGAGUGACUCCACCUGGAAAUCCUCCUGGUCAAGUUGUAUGGCGCUUUGAAAAUCCUUAUUCUAAUAUGAACCUAGAUCAGUUAACCGUUUUUAGAAAUGAUUUACAAAUACCAUCAAUAAAGAAUGUUAUUUCUAUUAUGAAUGAAAAUGUAAUCAACCAAAUUACGGAUGAAAAAAUCUUGAGCCGACUAAAAAUUACAAAUCUUAAUUCAACAAUGCAUGGUUUAGAUUUAGUGUGUGCUGUUCGACAUCAAGUUGGCCCAGAGAAAACAACAAGGAAACGAAUCUGGAUUCGACAUGGUCCGCACCAUGUCAAUAUAUAUGGUCCUUAUGAAAGAAUAACUGAACUGAAACAAAAAGUAAAUGUUUAUGAUAAAUUAGAGAGAAAAGAUAAUAAAAGCACAGUGACUACUGUAAAUAAACAAAAGUUGUAUGUUUAUUUAGACAGACCACAAUAUUUAUCAUGUAUUACUGAUGAGUAUUAUGGACAAGUUGAGAUUAAAUGGCGGGGUAAAUUACACAACAGUGAAAAUUGGGAAGUUAUUACUCCAAUAGAAUCAUUUCCAUGUAACGAACCUGAUGCAUUAAAUAAUUUUAAUAUUAUUCAAGCAUCAAUUAUACAACUGGUUACAACAAAUCAAAAACGAAACGCUUUAAUGUGGACAGAAAUAGAAUGCAGUGCUUUACCAAGUUAUUUCAGAGAAGAAAAUAAAAAAAUUAUAUCGAACAAGGUCAAUCUGGAAAUGUAUACCAUCCCUCGCAUUCCGACAAUUACGGGAUAUAAGGAAGGCACACUAUUGGCAGAUGGCACUAUACUAACACUCCACUGCACAGGAGAUCAAGGAAAUCCUCCAGGAAAACUAGUCUGGACUCAAGUAUUAAAAGGUACCAAUGAAAGUGAAUUAAUUGAUGAGUCAAAUAUUAUUCAACAAAAUCAAUCGAACAAAUAUCCUGAUGGAAUGAUUUAUUCAAUAUUAAAUAUUAAUCUGACAAAAUCAUAUGAUGGAGCGAUUUUUAGAUGUGGAACUGUGAAUCCUGGUUACGGAUAUUCAGAUGCACAGUUCAGUUUACCAGUAGAAAUUGGUGUAUCCUAUUCAGCAACAGUUUUAAAUAUUAGUGUCAUAAGUGGAACUGGACAAAUGAUAGCAGGAUCAAAAAUACGUGAUGAACUUCAAACUAUUUUAAGUUAUCAUAAAUCAAAAUACAAUGUUGGACAUAUUCCAAUAGUCCAAGCAAAAGCUGGUCAUACACUUAAACUAAUGUGUCAAGUUGAAAUGUCAAAUCCAAAACCUGAACUAGAAUGGCAACUUCAUCAUUGUUCACCUGUUCAAUUUGCAUCAAUUAUGAGAGGAAUCAACGAUACAAUCAACGAUAUGAAAUCACAAAGUGAUCCUUAUGAUGCAUUUUUUAAAAGCUGUCAGACUAUUCACUUAACAGGUAGUAAAAUGGAAGAAACGAUAAGUGAGUCAGGCAAACUUCACAUCUUAAAUAGCCAUUUGGAACUUCCUAUAAAUAUAUCACAUGAUGGAGAUUUAAUUGAAUGUUUAAUAAGAAAAUAUCCAAUUGAUUAUACUAACAGUUCUGCUCAUUUACAGUCAUUCGAUAAAUACACAUUCUCUAAACCUUAUUAUCAAAAUACACAUUCACAAGCCCUUACACUUUUAAAUUCACAUAUUUUACUUUCUAUUCAAUUUCCACCGAUAUUUUUAACUUUAGCAAAACAAUUGAAUUGGCCUGUAGAGUUGAAUUCAUCAAAUAAUAAUGAACAAUUUUUACCACAUUAUAUUGUGGUUGAAGGUGGAUCACUUGAUUUAGAUUUAGAGCCUAUUUCUAAUCCAUCAUUAAGUAAAACAUCAUGGUUUAGAAAUGGCAUACCACUUCCAUUAUCAAAUAAUCCAAUUAAAACAUUGAAUUCAUUCAAAAAUGAAGAAGUUAAUAAAAGUUCUAAAUCAUAUUCUAUUGAAGAUUUAAAUCAACGUUUAAUAGUACAACCAACCAAAUUAUUUAUUCAUCCUGUUAAACGAUCAGAUAUGGCCAAUUACACACUGAUUGUAACUAAUGCUCUAGGGAGUAAAGAAUUUACAUUCUUUUUAAAUGUAACUUAUGGGCCGCAACUAAUUGGUUCCGCUUCGGCUGAUUCAGCUGCUGGGAUUCAUUGUGAUAAAGGUGAAUGGAAUGUUGGAUUUAAAUAUUAUGCAAAGUGUUGGUCAUCAGCUCCUGGUGUAAUGACUAGUACACUUACAAUAUACGAUUUAAGUCCAAAUGAUGUUGGGCGAUAUCAGUGUAACAUGGAUAAUGGAAUCGGAUCACCAGCUGUUCGUACGAUUGAUCUUACUUAUCCAUUUGCACCAAGAAUAGUACCAGUAACAAGAUGGUCAAGAGCUGCACCCAAUAUAGUUUCAAAUAAGAAUAAAACUAUCAGUGUUACUCAAUCAACUUUAAUUUCUGAUCAACUAAUCUCUAUUGUAAAAGGAGCUCAUGCCAGAUUAACAUGUGUAAUUGCUGCAGAACCUAAUCCAGAAGUACAUUGGUUAAGAGAACCAGCUAAUUUAACAUUAAUUGAAGGAGGUCAAUUUCAUUCAGUAGUUAAAUCUAUUCGUCCAGGAUUAUAUCAUGCAAUAUUAUAUUUGAUACAACCACAAGAAGUUGAUUUGGGUCGGUACUUUUGUAAAGUAAAAAAUUUAGUUGGCGAAGAUAUUGGUCGUGUGGAUUUAAUACGUCCGACUCAACCUGAUCUCCCAAGUUCACCGCGUCUAUUGAAUGCAACUAGUACAAGUUUAACAGUUUCUUGGACACAAGGAUUUAAUGGUGGUCCAGAACAAAAUUUCUUGUUACAUUGGCAUCCAAAUGAAGACCCAGAUCACCAUGAUAAAGUCAAUAUUAAAGAAGAUCUAGACAAUGAAGUAUUAAUCUACACUAUCACUGGUCUUCAAAAAGCUACAACAUAUCGUGUGUCAGUUAGUGCUUAUAAUACAUUAACUACUACAACAUCGUUUACACCCUAUCUUUUGGCUUCUACAACUGCAUUUGAUUCACUGUCAGGAGAGGAAGCAAUGAGGGAUGAAGCCAAAGCCAAAUCAUUAAAAGAUAUUCAAAGAGGACAUUGGGAUUCAAGAUGGCGGUUAAGUUCUAAGAACUCUGGAAACUCCAUAAAUCCGGAUCCUCAAAGACGAUCAGUUCGAUCUGGUCAUGAAUUAAAUGCUCUCGAUGAUAAUGCUUUUGUGAUUAUAAUUGCAGUCUCUGUAUUCGGAUCAUUUAUUUUAAUAGCAAAUUUAUUGGUAAUAUUAAUAUUUACACGAUACAAGCGCCAAAAAAUGAAACAGGAUGAACGUAAACCAUCUGCUGCUGGGGACCUUAUGCAAAUAUACCCAGUAGAAAAUGGUUUCUCAGAAAUACACACAAAUACACAGACCAGUUUUCCAAUGUAUCCAGACGAUAUGCGUUUAAAUGCCAGUUACAUGUUGCAGUCAGUACCACAUGACCAGUUUUCACCCUUUCAAAAUGGAUGGGAACAAAUACCUUUGAAUAUAUGCCCAGAUCAAACUUCAUCUAUUAUAAGAGGAAAUCAAAUAUUUUCAAGCUCACCUCACUCAAGCAUCAAUGCAAUGAAUAUGCAGAACUUCAACUCUCCAAAUCAUAUAGAAUUUAAUAAUCGACCUUCUAGUGAUAUAUCUAUUCAACCAUCGUCCGUUUUAAUAAAUAAUGCUGAUCAAACUACGGUGGCUUAUUUAAACCCAGAUAAUGGAACGGUAGAAGCGAUUCAAAAUAUUCAAGAUUAUCAUGACUGUUCAGAAUUUAUGCCCCCAGUAUUUCCCAAUAGUUGUUCCUCUCACAAUUAUGAUACAGAACAAAAUCUGAGGAAUAUAGAGCGCCCUACACCCACUCACAGACGGCUUGUCACUAUCGGUAGAACCUUGACUGAAAAAAGUAACAGAACUAGGUCACCACAUUCUGGAGCUGCUUCAAGUGUUUCCACUAUCAGGUCGAAUGGAUAUGGAAAUACUAAUAGUUUAGAAAGGAGUAUUUCAACUUUUCAACGAUCUCAUCACUCGAACUUGCUGGGUGACUACAGACAUCUUGGUGGUGGCUUGACGUUACCUAACGGGGGCUUAGGACUAAAUAUAAUGAGUCAGAGUCCCCAUCAAAACGGACAGUUGUUUAUAUCAAACGCGAGGACUUCAGGAAGCUGGAUUCAAAAUGGAAUGACUACAAGCUUUCACGGAGGUAAUGCUCCGUCAUGGAAGCAUUGUGUCAAUCCUCAUGAAAGCGAUGAAUACACAUCAUCAGAACAACAAAUAGCAAGAAAUUCAUACAAUUCCUUUGGACAACAAUCUGUAUCACAUCUCACGAACAGUUUUGAAUUGCCUGAUGGUCAUGUUUUCAGCAACCGGCAGCAUACACAAACGAACAAGGGUUCCGAGGUCUCAUCAUUACGUUAUUAUCAGGAAUCACCAGCGAGGUAUAUGGCACAAUUGGAAAAUAAUUGGCCACAAUCAAAUCAAAAUAACAAUGACUGCAGAAAUAUGAGCAUAGAGUUUCCGUCAAAUGGAUCGACUAUACCACCACCAAAUGAUUUUCAAACUACUGGUUCCCAUAUCCCUUACACACAAGUUAAUAGUUCCACUCCUACCGUCAAUAGACCAUAUUAUCAUAUAACAGAUGAAAAUAAGAAUAUUAUUAACCAAGAAAGUCCUGGUGCAGAUCAUUUACAUGCAACUGACCAACGUUUAGGUAUACCCAGAAACGUUUCAGAUAAUAUGAUAACACAUCAAAAUAUGGGCAACUACUCUUCAUAUGGUUGUAUUUUAUAACAAUCCGCAUCCUGUUAUGUUACUUCACUACAAAAUUGUACAGUAAGAUUUUUCUGUGUAUGAACUAAAUUUAUACCUGCUAUAACAUUUAAUAGACACUUUAAAGAAGCUGUUAAUCUAUCCAAAUUUAAUCGCUCAUAGAAACUGUACAAAGAAACUAUGAAAAAUCUUUGGUCAAUAGUGACAUUAAACAAAAUC